CGGUCACACACGGACUGUGCCGCCCCAGAUCGAGGCUGGAGACGGAGCGAGGCUGAAGAGGAGCGUGUGUCCAGUCAAACAUGGCGUCCAGUGGACUUGUCCUCUCGUGUCUUUUCUUCAUUUCACUUGCACUUGGAGCAAAAAGUGGUUUUGUGAAAGUCGUUUGUCAGAAGUCUGAGGUUGUGGCUCAGUUUGGCUCGAACACGCUGCUGGACUGUGUCGUCCGACCUAAUGACGCCAGUGACUCAGUUCAAAUUAAAAAGGUGACAUGGAAAUUAAAUGGAGAGCCUGUGCUCGAGCUCAGAGGAGAAGAAAAACUUCAUACACCUGGAUUUCAGUUUGCUUCGGGUCCUUUCACUGCCUCAAACAUGAACGUGUCUCUGCUCAUCACUAACACUAAUUGGUCACAUGUCGGAGAAUAUCAGUGUGAUGUAGUGACAGACAUCGGAGACGAUAAAAAGGAAGUGCAUCUGGACGUCAGAGCAAACUACAGCAAACCACAGAUUAAAUCUGAUCCUGAGAAAAUAAACCCUGAUAAGAGCUUCACUUUGACCUGCACGGCCCUCGGUGGCUUCCCUAAAGGUGACAUUCGCUGGGUGGUGGGUGACCUUCCCUGGAAAAAUAACCCUGAAGUGAAAGUUGAAAAGAACCAAAAUGGCCUCUUCGAUCUGACGAGCACACUACCUUUUGGACCCAACACACAAUUCGGAAAAUCUGUGUGUGAGGUGUACAACGCCAAAGGAGAGAAAGAAGGUGAAGGAGGAUUUGACAUCGUAGUCAGUGGUGAAACUGCAGGAGAAAAGCUCGAUGAGAAUUCCUAUAGCAACUUAGUGACUCCAGUCGUGGUCAUUGUUUUAUUGAUCGUUCUACUUGGGGCAGUUCUGCUUUGGCGAAGGAGGCCACAAAAGGCUCGACGGCUCUCUGCAGCUCCUCUGAUGAGUGAGAAGCCUGUUAUCAAUCCUGAUGAAGCUGAUCAAAUGGUUUAGACACGACCCUGGAAUGAGGCUUUACUGUAAUUUAGAAGAACAAAGACGAAUGUUUGUAAAGCAACACUCAGACCUUUCCCUUUUCUCCUCCUGGGAAACAGACUGUGCUCUGGAGCUACUCGCACAAAUAAACACUUCCUUAUUUGACUCUAUGUAUCAUACUCUCUGAAUGGGUCAAAGGUCACUGUCGCUAAAGGAAGCUCUUCAUCAUUGAUUUGAUAAAGUUAAUAUGUCGCGUUUGUCUGUGUUCGUGUAAAUAUGUACUUUUAAGAGCUUAAAAUAUGUCACUGGUGUUUCAUCCAUGAAUCUGCUGCACUAAAUGAAGCUUUUUAAAAAAAUAAUACCUACUGCUUUUGACUGAAAAUGUGACUUAUGAGAAUAUUUUGGAAGUAUCAGCUAUUUUCCAGUGUGCAGAUUUAUUCACAAACUGUACUUCAUACUGUUUAAAUGUUACUGUUCGACUGUGUACUUUGGAGCCAUGGCGUUUUGUGCAGUGACAGGAUUUCUGGUAUUUUAUAGGACACUGUAGGUCAGUUGUGACAUGAGUGAAUUCCAGUACUGUGCUAUAUUUUUAAUGUGCCUUUAUUUCAAGAUGAAUUUGUGUAGCCAAGAGUAAAUAUUAAGUCUGUUAGUCCAGAUUCAAUUCAGUCCAAGCCAAAUACAAUUCAAACUGAAAAGCUUUUAUAAUUACAUUUAAUUAGAGGCUGUGUCUCAUUGUGAAACUCCCCUCUCAGGUUUCUGUUCCUGGUUUAAUCUUUUUUUUUUUUAUCCUGUUUUUAUAAGUUUGGGUAACCACUGCUUGUAUCUGCCAAACCAAGGUCUAAUAUGGAAGGAACAUUGUCUGCAUUGUGUUUAAUUCACUUUUUUAUACAGGUUUUGUGUGCCAAUAAUUGUUGUAUAUGUUGCAUAGAGUUUAUUUUUAACUUUGCAUAUGGUUUGUGUAUUUGUGAUCCAUGGCCAUUAAAGGAUUUUUAAUAAAACUAAAUAAAA